AUGCCGGGUACUCUUAUCAGCGAUGCCCCCUUCUCUACGACAACUUGCAAACCACUGCACCCUAGUCUUAGCGCCGAGGUGCUUGGUGCGGAUUUCAACAAUAUGUCGGAGAAACAGUUCCAGGAAUCCAAAGGUGCAAUAGCUAAAUAUAUUGUGCUUAUCUUUCGCAAAGCUAACUUCACUAACGAAGAGCAUAUUGCAUUUUCUCGCGGGAUUGGAAAACUAGAGGAUUAUACUAACGUUAGCAACAUUAGUGGGGAGGGACAACUGAUUGAGCCUGAAUCAUCGCGUGCGAAAUUCUCUAAAGGAAACAACGUAUUCUAUAAUAAUGGUGCUUUCAAUUGGCAACGCGCGAGCUGGUCAAUUCUACGGUCCGUUCAGCUACCUCCUCUAGGCACUAGGGGAGAGACUGAGUAUGCAGAUAACGAAGAUUUGAAAAAUAAAUUGCUCAAAAGGGAUCUUGUUAGCUGCCAUUCGUUCUUGCAUCUUCGGAAGCUUGGAGCCCCAGAAUACUUCAAGGAUCUUGACCCUUGGAGCACGCCCUUCACGCGUUUCAGACUCGUUUCGACCCACGAACCGUCUGGACGCAACACUCUUUAUACUCGCGAUGGCAAGCCACUACCAGAAGAAGAGAACAGGAUACUUAUGAAGAAAUUGAUUGAGCAUGUAACACGGCCAGAGAAUGUGCUGUCGGUCGACUGGCACAAUAAUGGCGACUUGAUUGCGUGGGAUAACGUUUCAACACUACACCGCGCAACCGGAGGCAUUUUUGAAGGCAAGUACUUCCGCGAUAUGCGUCGAACGACUGUCAAGGACGAUAGUGCCGAUGCUUGGGGCCUGAACUCGCACCAAGAAUUAGAAGGUCAGGACCUAGCUGGGUUGGGCUGGAAUCAGCAAUCAAAAGAGUAA